AUGGACGCUCUCGGGGAAGAGAGCUUGGCGCUGUCCUCCUCCUCUGCCUGUGAUGCAGAAUUUGAUGCGGUGGUUGGAUGUUUACAGGACAUCAUCAUGGAUGCUGAGCUCCAGUUACUGCAGAGAAACGUCAUGGACAGGCACUACCAGGAGUUUGAAGACACGGAAGAAAAUAAACUCACCUACACACCCAUCUUUAGUGAGUACACUUCCCUGGAAGAGAAGCUUAUGGAAGAGCAGCUGCUGGAGCGGAUCCCUGGAUUCAGCAUGGCAGCCUUCACCACAUCAAUGCAGCACCAUAAAGAUGAAGUGGCAGGUGACAUAUGCGACAUGCUGCUCACAUUCGCGGACUUUUUGGCUUUUAAGGCAAUGUCUCCGGACGACAGAGCAGAAGAGGAAGGCCGUGGGCUGGAUUUAAGCAGUGGCCUGGUAGUGGCUUCCCUGUGUAAAUCAUCUUCCCAGCACACCCUGCGGCACUAG